UUCACUGACAAAUGGAGGACUUGAGUUCAAAGACAGAAACCCCCGAAUAUGUGAUGUGAAUGUGAUGUGAACCACACUAUUCCUAGUUUCCAAAUUCCACCCACAUUAUAAUAUCAUCUUCACACUCCCAACAACAUUAACCAUUGAUCAACCUUCCUUCCCUUAAGUAGUUAACAAUUUCUCCCACCUUCCCUUCUCAGUUUCUCUCACAAAUUUGCAUUUUUAUGUUCUCUUUGCACUUUUCUCCCAUAUGGGGCUCAAAAUCUUCAUGGCCUCCUUCAUGAUGACCUCAAUCUUGUUCUUUCUCCUCUUCAUCCCCACAAGAUUGACCGUACAAUUCUCCACCCUGAGGCCACCUGUAAACUACUUCAGUGUCCCCCCCAAGAGCAGCAAGGCCUAUCCAGUUACUUUUGCAUACUUGAUCUCUGCAUCAAAGGGAGAUGUUGUGAAGCUCAAGAGGCUGAUGAAGGUGCUGUACCAUCCAGGGAACUACUAUCUGAUCCAUGUGGAUUAUGGUGCUCCACAGGCUGAGCAUAGAGCAGUGGCAGAAUUUGUGGCUAGUGAUCCUGUUUUUGGCCAAGUGGGGAAUGUUUGGGUUGUGGGGAAGCCUAAUUUGGUCACAUAUAGAGGACCAACUAUGCUUGCUACCACUCUCCAUGCUAUGGCAAUGCUUCUCAGGACCUGCCAAUGGGAUUGGUUUAUUAAUCUUAGUGCUUCUGAUUAUCCCUUGGUUACACAAGAUGAUCUGAUCCAAGCGUUUUCUGGGUUGCCAAGAAGUACCAAUUUCAUACAGCAUAGCAGUCAAUUGGGUUGGAAAUUCAAUAGGAGAGGGAAGCCAAUAAUCAUAGAUCCGGGGCUUUAUAGCCUUAAUAAAUCAGAAAUUUGGUGGGUCAUUAAGCAAAGGAGCCUGCCAACAUCUUUUAAGCUGUACACAGGUUCGGCUUGGACAAUACUAUCAAGAUCUUUUGCAGAAUAUUGCAUAGUGGGGUGGGAAAAUUUGCCAAGGACCCUCCUCCUCUACUACACCAACUUUGUGUCAUCCCCAGAAGGAUAUUUCCAAACAGUUAUAUGCAACUCUGAAGAUUACAAGAACACCACUGUUAACCAUGAUCUUCACUACAUUACUUGGGACAACCCUCCAAAACAACACCCUAGGUCUCUAGGACUUAAGGAUUAUAGGAGAAUGGUUCUUACUAGCCGCCCGUUCGCCAGAAAAUUCAAGAGAAAUGAUCCAGUGCUUGAUAAAAUUGAUAGAGACCUUCUGAAAAGGUAUCAUGGGAAAUUUUCUUAUGGGGGAUGGUGCUCUCAGGGUGGAAAAUACAAAGCAUGUUCAGGUUUGAGAACUGAGAAUUAUGGUGUGCUUAGGCCUGGUCCAUCCUCAAGAAGGCUGAAAAAUCUGCUAACAAAACUUCUCUCUGAUAAAUUUUUUCACAAACAAAAGUGCAGGUAAUAACCUUCUGAUUUCUCCAUUGAAUUGGUGGUCACUCUACUGAAAUUUUGGUUAUAAUAUAAUAAUUAUCAUUUUUUUUUACUUCU